CACGAUACUCUUCCGCCGCCUCAGAUCCGCAAACGCAAACGCACUCAGGGUCUCCAGACUCCGCCGCCAGACAGCACCAGCUCCAGUUCGGGUGCCUUGGCGUCGACUCCAAUAUCGAUAACGGAGCAAGAGUCGCAGAUUCCCUACCCUUUUAAGACUGUUAACCACACGGAUUACCAAUUUUUAUCAAAAUCCCCUAUCGCGCUGAAUAUCGAAAUCAAGCGUCCGAGCGGCGAUAGCGAAAAGGCCCAAAGGCAGCUGGUAGUUUGGCAAUACGCACAUUGGAACAUGCUGCAGCUUUUGGCCUUAACCAAAAUUGACGGUCAUUUUUCAACGUUGGAAGGAUUAUUCUUUCUUCCAGAUAUUUACAUUGUCGGACAUAAGUGGGAAUUUUCGGCAACAAUUCGCAAUAAUACUGGGGAAAUGGUUCAAUGGAUAGACUACCCUCUGGGCAGCACAGAAACUGCUUACGGUAUUUAUGCCAUUAUUUGGGGGCUGCGUCGCAUCGCCCAGUACUUUACCCAGGUGUAUUGUCCGUGGUUUCAAAAAAACAUACUGCGUUUGGCAAAUGUACCUGGUUUAUAA